AUGGCGCAUGUGCGUUUGGCGGGCGCAGCGGCUGUUGAGGCCUCACCGUCGGCAUCGCGUUUUCUUCCUGUGAACAGAGUGCCGCUGAAAUUGGCACUUGCCUCUCGCUUGGGGUUAGUUUUCUUGGUAUUGCUCGUGAGCACGGCGGGGUUAUCUGGUUGUCCGUCUUCCUUUGUGAUCCAAGCGAUGGCGUUGGAGGCAAAGGCCUCGGAGUGUAUUGAAGAAGGCGGGAGUCAGACAACGUGCACCUGCAAUUCGAUGGAGCAAGGAGAUCCAAAGGAGCUUCAGGCAACACUGUCGGCAACGAAAUCUGCGCUGCAGUUGGUGUGUCAGAAUGAUCUGAAAUGUGCACCAGAAGAACUGACCGAGAAACAGGUUUGUCCAGAAAACACGCCAGACCUGAAGGACUGCAAACGAAAUGGGCAGACGACUCAAUGUGUCAGUGUCACGACCCUACUCACCGGCAACGCCGAGGAAGUCAAAUGGGUACAGGUCACAGAUCAGGCAAACACGGUCAAGAAGAUGACUAUUCCCAAGGAGAAUCUCCCCUACACCGACAAAAAGUUCAUUGUGGGUUGCCUAGACCAAAAUAAAAAGAACACCAAAUGCAAGUUGACAGUGACGCUUGAGGCGAGAGAAAGUGUGACUGAAAACCAGACAGUCACAUGUGCGUACGGAAAGACCAGCAAUCCAACACACCAAACCGUCACGUUAAGCCCCUCUCAAAACAGCUUCACUCUGGUGUGCGGAAGCGAAGGAGAAGUUCUCCCGACGGAAUACCAAAACACGUACUGUGUUAGUCAGGCGGGAAAGAACGCCUCCGCCGAGUGUAGUGGCAAUUACACAGAAGUUAUCCCAGCGUACGAAAGCAACUGGUGGAAGGAAAACACAAGCAGUCACUCAUUCACUCUGGCGAUUCCAGAGGACGGUUUUCCGGAGGAGGCAACGAAGAUUAUGGUUGGCUGCCAGAAAAAGACGAGUCAGCCCUCUAAGGAGAAAGGGGAACCUGCAACCGAGUCACCGACCGUCUGCAGCGUUGAUGUGACGAUUGAGGGUGUGGCAUCAGCCGCGUCCCUGUCUGGGGGCAUGGGUGGUGUGGUCUCUUCGGUUGUUUCCUUUCUGGCGCUGUUGACAUUUUCUGCUUGUGUGGUGUGA